CUUUUCUCUUCCUUCUUUUCUUCUUCAUCUCGUCGUUGUCUUAUCUCUUUUUAGUUGAGAUCCUCGUCGAUUUGAGUCAUGUCCUGAUGCGUUCUGUUGAAUCGCCUCUUCCAUCUUGACUGACAAACACCACCGAUUCCAAGGGUGUUCUCCCAGACGCGAUUCCAUUGCGACACCUACACGAUACGGCAUAAACUGAAGAUCCUGCCGAGUCUUCCGCUUGUAGUGUUUACCCCCCAACCAUCCGAUUCGACCGGGAUCAUAGUUGGCGCGAAUAUAAACAACAACAACAACCCAUUUGCAUUCGCCUCGCUCAAACCCACCACCCACCCACCAUGGAAGGCCUCCGUGACGCCUUUGCCCAUAUCUCGGCUCGCGCCGUGAAGGACUGGCCAGCAGGAUCGAAAGGCAACACCAGCGAAACUAUCAUCUCCAACGUCCCCUUCAAUCUCACCACCCUCAAGUACUUCAACUACACAUACUACAGCAACGAGACCGUCUCCAAUGGCUCAAAAUGUUACCUGACAUUCGAUCCCUACACUCCGGCCUAUGUCUUCCCGAACGGCUCAUGGACCAACGCUACCAAGUGUUAUACCGCAAUCGAACAUAUCAAGACCCGAGGCUUUGUUGGCAUUGGCUUUGCCGUUGCUUUUGGAAUCGCUCUUGUCCUUAAUCUGACUGUCCUGGCCAAGCAUGGAAAAAUAUACACUCCUCGCGAUUCCCGCUUUUACCCUGUCGGUCGUCGGUGGCAAUGGUACUGGGCACUGUUCACUUCUGCUGCUGCUCUCAUCAGUCUCUUUGUUGGUGUCGACAUAGAUCGUUACUACCUCCAGGAACUCCCUAUUACCGUCAAUGUCUUCUUCUGGUAUCUUUUGUGUACAGGUACUGUCGCCCUGACAUGGGAGGCCGUUCGCCAUUGGGGUUCCUGGCAAGAAAGGAAAUUCGUCGAUCCCGAUCCAUUCAUUGUGAAAGAUAAUGAUCGCCGUGCCAAGGUCGAGUUUUGGUUACCCCUAUGGUUCUAUCUGUGGCUUUGGCUGAACUUCUUCAUGGUUGUUCCUCGCAGUUGGAAGUUCACUCAGCUUCAGCACUCAGAGGAGCAGACAUUGGCAAAAGCAGUCCCAGGAGCAACAAAUACUAGGUUCAAGGCCGGUGCUCUCUGCCUUGUUGUCGCAUGGCUCACCAUCGUCUUCUCCCUUUAUCACUCGAUUAAGCACUACAAGCCUCGUCACCGCGGUGUCUUCAACCGCGCUGUCGGCUUCAUCCGAUACGUGCCUUUCCGUUUCUGGCUCAUCCUGCCCUUGUCAGCAGCAACCAUCGCAUAUCAGGGCUUUAUUUCAUGGGAGUUCAAGUAUUCCAUCGUCAAGUACAAUGGAAACAUUCCUGUGAUCUAUUGUUGGGGCUUCCUACCAUCCCUUCUGAUCCUCUUUACCCAGUACUUCUAUGGCUUUUUUACCCCCAACGAAGACAAGGAGCUCGUCCGACUAAGACGUGAGCGCGGCGAGAUGCUCGACCGUGAGCUCGGACUUGUCAACAAGCCUGCCUGGUGGAAACGUGUCAGGGGCGACCAUCUGCUCACCUUCAAGGACAAGCUCACCCGUAACGUCCACGAGAUUGGGGGUGGUCACGCCACCGGCCGACGUAUCGAGGGUGAUGCAGAGCGAGACCUGCGUGAAGAAGCCUUGGCUGCUGCCAGGAAUGAUGAAGGCUUUGAGAUGAGCCACAUGCACCGCCCUCUUGACGCUGCCAACAAUCCACGAGUGGGUCGUGCUGGUGCUGCUUCUAUCUCCUCCAACGCAUCACGGUUGUCAUAUGUCCAACCCUACACCGGUAAGAACGAUCGUCGUCGACAUGAGCGUAACAUGCAAGCCGCCGCCGGUAUCCUCUUCCCUAAUAACCUCGCUGAGGAGCGUGCCCGUCGUGAAGCUCAACUCGGCCUUGAUGGCCCCGCGCCCCCUCCGUACACAGAUGGCCAGGGUCGAGGUCGAGCUCCUGGGCGACCCGGAUCUACCGGCCGCAGCAACAGUACUGAGACUACCAACUCUAUCACAGCUCCUCCACAGCAAAUUAAAAGUAUGCUGGACGUCUAAGGGGCAAUGUUUCAAAUAUCUACCAGCACCGGUCUCCAUUUAUGAUAAAGUUUAGAAUCACAACUAGUUCUGUAUACUUAGGUUGGCUAUCACGCAACGGGCUUCUACAUUGUUUGCACAAAUAGGCUGUUGGUCUUACCAUUUGUUGUUGAUGGGUUGUUGCCAUAGUCGGUCACUUUGACUUCAUUGGUACCUACCCAGUAGCUAUGAACUUGUACGAAAAUUAAUACGCUGUCAAUGAUAUAUACUUA